AUGCUUGGCUUUAUCGCAGACUCUGAGGAAGCUUUGAGAAACUUACAACGCGAGAAGUCGGUAACAACACGAUGGUUAGAACGACCGAUGUACGAGCAUUUGGAGGUCUCCGAUGUCGAGCAAGAACAGGGCCAUCGUUUGUACGUAACGAAAGAGCAGGAGGAAGAGGCCGCCGAGGAGAGGCCACCGGUCGUUGAGGAGAAGCCAAAGGUCAUCGAGGAGAACCCAGAGGUUGUCGAAGAGAAACCAAAGGCAGACAGUGACUCUGAUCUAUUGGACAAAUGGACGAACCCGGAUCGUCCGACUUCAUCUUUCAAUCCCGAAGAAACUUUGAGGAAGCUCCCGGAAACAACCCCGAACGCGAAACUCGACACAUCCUUCAUCAAGCGACGACCACUCCCACUCACACGACCGGUAUCGUAUAAUCCGCAACACCUGCUAUCGCCCGAAUGGAUUGCUUCCCCUUCCACGAUGAGCCCCAACACGCCAGGUCAGCGCCCUGCAUCGUCGUCCCUUGAUAGUCCAGACAAGCCAAGGAGUAGCAUCUCCUCACGGGGUAGCUGCGAAUGUGAGAGGCCACAAGUACACCCUUCGCAAUGGACAUACCCCCCGAUAAACGACCCGAAGGUCUCACAAACGCAACGUCCCAUUUCAUACCAUCCUCAAAGCUUUACUGCACUCGACAGUCCACCAAUGCAAUCACGACCGCGGCCUACGUCUUUCGCAACCUACCAUCAACGAAAUCGCUCGGGCGCUAAGAUCGCUUCCUCGCGCGGGCUAAGAAACAACAGCUACCCGAUGAACUCCUCUCGGCCCAUGUCGGGGAGUAUACCCAAAGCUGUCUCAGGCGAGAAUAUUGAGAACGAUAUGGUUUACCAACAAUACGGAGAUGAUGAAGUCGGGCCACCUACGCCGGUAACAUCUUCGAAACUUGCGUUUUCCCCGCCACCAGUGUUCUCGGCCACGCCAGCGACGCCGAUACAUUCCACGUUGGAUGCUUUUGAUGCCAUCGAAGAAAAGAGCAAGCCAGAGAAGAAGAUCAAACACAGAUGGUCGACAAUACCGCAAGCAUUGAAGAACUUUGGGGCUAGAAGAAGAGACUCGUCAGCUACACAUGAGCCAGCAAAGUUCGCAACCGUAGUUGAAGACUUACGGAGAAUGAACCUGACGCAAGAAAAUCUGCACGUCUAUGAAACCGAAGUGAGCCAAGACCCAACGGCAUCCAAACGUCUGUCGACCGUCGAUCUUAUCCCAACACCAACCUACUCUCCCUUUGACUUGAGCGUUAAAUCCACCCAAUUCGAAGCACCCCUUCCAGCACCCUUCGCCCCCUGGGCUGAUGGCCCUCCAAGUCCCGCUGCCUCCGCAGACCGACGCCGCAGCAGCGGAAAUUCGCUAUCGCCAACCACGAUGCACUCCCGGCUAUCCGUCGAGAACGUCUCGCAAGUACGUCCGGUUUCGAUGCAAUCACGACCUCUGUCGAUGCAAUCACAGCGCAGCAGCAUGAUCGCCCUACCUUCUCCAAAUAUUACCUGCACAGCUCCACAACAACAUCAGCGCCCUACCUUCGACGUCUCCGUGAGCCCUCGAGCAGGAACACCUAGUUCUCGACGCAACACGCCAGCUAUUGAACGCACGUGUAUCCUGUGCAAGACGGCGAAACCUAUAUGGGAGUUUAGUGAGCGCAGGAUAACGGCGAACUGCUGGCACGAACCUGCAACUUGUGUCGGAUGUCUACAGUCGUGGGUUAGGCAGUGUGCAAGUUCACAUGGAUUCGAUGCAUGUACAUGUCCUGAGUGCGGAGAGGCUAUGGCCAGAGAGGACAUUGGUGCUUGGGGCGAGGUAUCACCGCUCUGA